CACGCUCGUUAACAUCAAGGAGAGGAGAGUGGGAGACCUCAGAGGAAUGCAAAGAAGAUCGAGCAUGGUCUCUCUCUCUCUCUCAUCAGUGUGAAGUAUUUGUGCUGUGAGCCUGUGACGGUGUUGUGUUGUUGCAUUUGCAUGGCAGAUGGUUGACAAGGGGUGUGAGAGCUGCAGGAAGUGGCACGAGCAUUACUACUGGGAGCACAUUGAUGUGACCAAGAUCCGCUUCUUCAAGCUCAUGACCGGAGAUUUUGCCAAGGGCAUUAGUAUACCGGAGAAGUUUGUGAAGAAUUUCAAGGGGCGGAUCACUAAAAGGGUUUACCUGAAAGCGCCCACCGGUGAAACAUGGCACGUCAGCGUAACCAAGAGCGCCGAUGAACUGCUCCUCAUGUCAGGAUGGGAGUAUUUUGUCAAGGCUCAUGAGCUGCAGGAGAAUGACCUCCUGCUCUUCACAUGCAGUGGCAACUCUUCCUUUGAGGUCCGGAUCUUCGAGUCGAGUGGCUGCGAGAAAGUGCCUUCUCUGUUUGGUCCUAAUAUGUGCAAGCAUUUCAACGCUAUGGCUGCUCGACAUGCUGAUCACUACUCUCUGAGUGAUUCUGAGUCUUCUGACGAUGAUAGCACGCCAUCACGGCUGGUUGGAUCCCCUAACAAUGCCUCUACUUCGAAGAAAUCGAGUGGCAAGACUAAACCAAGGAAAGAACCUGAAUCCUCAAACAGCAGCAGCUAUGAUGUUAAGCAUGAGGCAAUGGAGGGAGAGGAGAGCGAUGACAGAUACGCCGACUCCAAGUACUACUACUCCAGGUUUGCCAAUUGGCUAACAGAUGAGGAAAAGGAGGUCAUUCUUAGUUUGUCUUCCAUCCGACCGGACAAUCCUGCAUUUGUGUCUGUUCUGCAGAAAAACCAUGUUCAACGCAGGAACAACACUCUGACCAUCCCCAGCAGAUUUGCUGCUGAUCAUCUUGAGGCGAAAGCGCAGGAGAUCAUACUUUGUAGGCUAAACAAGAAACAGAAGUGGUUCGUUAAAUACUAUUACACGCGCCACAGCCGGUUCUUCCAAAACUUGCAGUUAUUCAAGUUUGUGAGCGAAAACAAGCUUCGCGAGGGCGACAUCUGUGUCUUCGAGCUGAUGAAAGGCUCAAGGAGGGUGAUGAUGACUGUCCAUGUCAUCAGGAAGGUCGACGACCGGUUUGUUCUGGUGGGCUAAGUUCUUGUUUGUUGCACUGUAUUAUGUCCUCCUAAGAGUUGGCAUGUAGAAUGUACAUGUACAGGUGUGGUUUCUGCAGUAUGUACUAUGUAGGAGUAGCACUGAUAA